CAUGCCUGCAUUCAAGUGUUGUUUCAGGCUGCAGAAAUCAAGUGAGGUUUUGGAACAAUGUUUGCAUGAGUCUGUGCUCAAUGCAAUAAAGGACGAGAGAAUGAAAGAGGAAACAUACCAGCAAAGUUCUCCAGCUCAGUUCAUCAGUUCACCCUGGCGGAAGAGACUCGCCAAUUGUUGGAGAGACACCGACACCACAACUUCCAAAGCAACAUAUCAUAUGGAAGCUUUGUGGCGACACAAAACACUGUAAGCAAGAGGAAGUGUCUGCGUGGGGCAAGCUAGAGUAGGCUGUUAUUGUUGUUUGUGUGUCAAAUAGAGGUGUGUUCACACUGAUCUCUCAUUUCUUUUUCCCCCCGUAUUUGUUUCCACUUGCUCACUAAGGAGUGUCCAUUUGUUGCUUUUGAAUAUUUUGGAAAAGCUAGAUUUGCUACGCAAGUGUGUACGCACAGUGAAUUUUAUUAGUGUAUUCACGUGUUUACUCAUUUGCACUGAUAUAUUCAAGGGCAAAGCACAACUUUAGGAGCUGAGAUUUAUUGGAAAUACUGUGAUCCAGCAAGUGUGUGAUAGUGACGAGCUGAAACAGGAAAUUCAAGACUCCUGUCAGAAAACAAAGGAGAGGUGGAAGACAGCAGUCAGUCUAACCUUGUCUCAGAUUGAGGUCCAUUUCUAAAUGAGAAAAACAGAAAUGUAUUGACAACUUGACAACAUGACUGAUGGGGUGAAACAGAUCUUCAGCCAGCUGCAAUUUGGGAGCCAAACAGUUCAAGCAGAACCAUCCCAACCAGGCCAGGCUUCAAACUUGAGCCAGGUUCAAAGAGAAGUGGCCUCAAACGUUGUGCCAAGUACACCUGACAAUAACAUGGAAAUCAAACACAUCUUCAGCUCAAACAGCAAGACUUCAAGACAUCAUGCUUCCACAGAGUCCACGAUGCACAGUUUAGAUGCUCUCAAUGCUGAACAAGCUUGUAAAUCAGUCCAACAACAGGCUGAAAUCUGUGUAAAGUGUACUUCAGAUCGUUUCAUGCAAAUAGCCAAUGAAGACUGCUUUCAUCCCAUACAAUUCCCGUGUCCUGAUAUUCCCCAAUCUAUAACCACAAAACAAUCACAAGCGUUAAGAGAGAGAAAUAUGUUGCAGUCUUUUGGGCCAAGCGAUGACAUCAGCACCAUUUAUCAUCCUCUGAGAAAUGAACAUGGAAUUAUUUUUUCAACUCAAUGUCCAUCUUCAGAGAUGUGUAAUGAGGCAAGACGGGACUGUGGGCAUCCAGCAAAAUAUCCCGAAACUUUUAAGUUAAUAACUGAUAAAGAGAAACCCCAUAAGGAUAUUAGAGGUACCCCAACGACUAUGUUUACAACUGUGAUGGACAUGCAGAAUAUUGAAGAAGCUGGAGACAGUGGUUCAGAUGCAGCUCUGUGUUGUAAGGGAGCAGAGAGCAAGAAUGACAAUAUGGUCACAAGUCUCCAGAGAAAACAUGAGAUGUCAACAUCAGAACAGCCUGAAUCAGAUGUGUCUCGUGUGUCCAGUUCAGAUCCACAACCCUCAACAAGAUGUGGAAACACUAAAAUGUGUAAAUCCAAAUCUACGAGUGGCAAAUCACAAUUCUCAACAUACCAAGAAGUCUGGAAACAAAUGCCAGAGUCAAGUGGACUCACUCAAUUGAAUCUUGCCGAUUCAGAUGCAAAAGACACAUUUCCGCAUGCCAAAAGCGGAGAGAUUACAGAUAACAGUCACCCUGAGGAACAAACAACCCGAUAUAAAUAUUUGAUCCCCCAAAGAUGCUGCAAUUCUUCAAUGGCUGAAGUGGAAAGUGAGUUACUGUUAUCUUUGGAGGCCAGAGAGAUGGCAGAAGUCGGAACAGAGAUGUCUUCCAUUAUGAAUUUGGAAGAGCUGGCGUCCGACCAGGAGAAGACUUGUGAAUCACCUGGACAGUCCUCAUGCAAUCACAGCUCCACCAUGCAGGAACUUUUGUCUGAGGUCCAGGGCACGGUAGAAGGAAACAGCAUUAUAAAGCGGACAACGCGCAUGGAUUUAAACUGGUACCUUCAAUCUUCUCCGAGUGAAGCAGAGAUCAGAUUGGUCAGAGCAGUCCAAAAUGUGCUGGUAUGUCGAUAUCUGCCAGCACGGCUGAAUGUCGCUGCCAUGGCCAAACAACUAGAGAAGGCAGAGGAUUAUAAGAUUUGUGUGCUGGACCAGGUUGCUAUGAUGAAAAGUACCAGUUCAUUUCAACUUGGUGGUCCAAACGUCUUGAAAAGUCUGGAAGCCCAGUGGAGUACAGCGCUGCUGGAUGCCUCAGCCACAGUGCAAGUCAAAACGGCACAGCUGGGUGAAGUCAAACAGUAUCACAAAAAGCUGGAUGAAAUCAAAGCUUUCCUGGAUGUGGUACAUGCUGAGAAGAAAAAAUUGAACUUACUUGCCUUGGGAAGCAGUGCUCUACAAGCUGAAAAACUCCACUCCCUGCUACAAACCUUAAAACAAAGCGAGGAAAUGUGGCAAGAGCUCCUCGUAUUGAGUAGCCAGUUGGCUGUCCACUUGAGUGAUGCAGAGAGCUCAGGUGCUCUUCUCGCUCAGCUUGGAGAUGUCCAAGAUGAGUGGAGACUUUUGAGUGGAAGUAUCAAAAGAGCCUUGUGGCAGGCUGCUAACUCUUCCUGUCAAUCAUCUGUCAUUAUGAAAGAUGCAAGACAGCUUAAAGAGAAGAUUGAAGCUAUCCAGGAAUCCAUGAAGUCCCAUGGGAUAUGUCAUGACACCAAAAGCACUUUAGAACAGUUUUGUUUGAGCGAAGACUUAGAAAUGUGUAACCAGCUGCAUGUGAAUCUACAGUCUUUCUCAGAUGCUCUUUUUCAGUUUUCUAUAGGUCAGAAAGAGAAGGACAGCAUUAAACAUGAUCUUGAAGAAUUGGGGACCUUACUGGGAACUACCAAAAACAAAGCUGACACCUCCCUAUGUGGUGCUGAUGUUAAUAAGCGGUUCCAAGAAUGGAUAACAUGGGCAAAACAUAUGGAAUACCAAAUUACCAUCGGCAAAAAGUUGUCUCUCUUUCCAGAAGAAGCUCGUAUUCAGAUUGUUGAGAUGAGGAAAUUUCAGACAGAUAUCAUGAUCAGAAAGUCAAAGAGGAAACUAGAAGAAAUGAGAGGGGAAACGCCUGACAUGGACAAUGAGGAAUAUGGCCAAGGGUUGAAAGUAGUAGAACACCUGUAUGGAACUAUCACUGAAAGCUUAGAUAAUGUUCUUGACACAAUGAAGAAGAAUCUACUUGACCGGGAGAAACUGUCAGACCACCUUGAUAGCAUUGAUACAUGGCUAGUAGAAACAAAAGGAAACAGAGACAGCUGUGCUUAUGUUGAGAAUGUUUCAAGAGUUGACAUUAGCUCACUUGAGAGGAAGCUAAAACGUCACCGAGAUGUUGCUGAUGAUAUAGAAAGACAUCUAAGUCUGGUAGAUGCUUUGGAAACAAGGUCCAAGGAAGUAGCAGAAGACCUGAACCCUGGAGAAAGCCGUUACCUUGUUAACAGGCUCUCGGGCAUCUGGACAGAAUUUGAUGGGUUGCGGGCACAAGAGAGUUCAACCAGCUGGCAUUUGGAGGAGCUGAUUCACGAACGUACCUCUUCUGGUGAGGAGCUGUCUACCAUCGAGGAUAGUCUAAAGAACAUAUCCUCUUCUUUGGAUCAACAUCAUUUCCCAAUGACGCAGGAAACAGUUUUAACAAUUGCACUUCUGAAGCACAUGCUAAUGGAACAUCAGUGUCAAGUACAAGAGAUUCAACACUGCCAGGAGGUAGAACGGAGCUCUCUGCUGUGCACCAUAGGGGAACUGCAAGACAGGUGCAAAGUUCUUAGUUUUCAAGCUUUUGAGCAAGACAAAUAUCUGCAACUGAAGAAGCAAAUGGAGGAUUCAAGGGACAUUUCUGAAGAGAAAAUACAGCAGGCUAAAGAUGGAACAUUAAGUUUGGGUGAGAGGUUCAAACUUUGCCAGGCACUCUUAGUUGACCUCCCGAUGAUGAAGACACAGUGUCAAGAAGCGGCGGACCAACUGGAGGUGAUUGCUCAAGAGUUAAAACCAACAGAAAUGAACUUAGAGAGGCAGAGCAUUCACUGCACUGUGGAGAUGUUUGUUUCUUGGGAGCACACGGCCUCAAAUGAGAUUAAACAUUUAGAGGGCACGCUUCUCCUGGGACUGCGCUUUUCCUCUGAGCUUCCUGCCUUGAUGGAGUUCUUCCAAAGAACAGCACAAGAGCUACAGGGUAUGGAACCGGUCAGUCCAGAUGAAAGAGCCCUAGAUUUUGCUCUGCAAAGGCGUUGGGUGAUAUGGAGAAACAUGGAAUCUGGGAUGCGAGUGUUGCACGCACUGGCUUGGAAGGGGAAAAUUAACUUAAAGAGCCACAGUGAUCUGCAUUUACUUAGAGAUGCUGCCAUGCAGGAAUGCCAUUUACAGAUGGAAUGUUUAUCCAAGACUCGAGAAUCCCUGAAAGAUUACCAAUGGGCUGCUCAAGGAGCUAUUUACUUCCUUCAUAAUGCUGAAAUGACAUUUUUAUCAGCUCCUGGUGGGUUUCUUGACUGUACGGAGGAACAAACUCAGACCCAACAGGCCCUCGAGGCUCUCAAAGAAGGAUUUGUUGCCCAUAUCAAGCACCUUGUUGAACUGGUGCCCCAACAAGUCUGCCUCUCCUGCUCAAAGACUCAAGAUCUGCACAUUGGCAUCCUCAGCCAGUUGUUAGUGGGAAGAGCCAUACUAGAGGUUCAGGCUCAACUCAGACUGGAGUCCUUGCAGAGAUGUGCACUUUGGCAACAAAGCCACAGGGUUUGUCACGAAGACAUACAACAGCAUCUUACUGAAUUUGAAGCAAAGCUUUCAGCAUGUGAAGCAGAAGAAGUGACAUCAUAUGAUAAAUGUGUUUUGCAACACAAACGAUCUAAGGGCUUGAUGGAGGGUGUCUGUGACCUUGCUAGGAAAACUGAAGAACUCAGAGCAAGAUGCCCCAUGCAGGGAUGUGGCGUUGGAAAGGACGGUGAGCUUAGCGCUCUCUGGAGGCGCUGGGUAUCACUGCGGCGAGGUGUUGCUCUGCUGAUGACAAAAGCAGAUCAGAGAGUAGAGGAAUGGAAGGACAUUACAACUACGGUGGAGCAGUGCUGCAACUCAUUGUCUAGACUUCAGGCCAAAGUUCCUGAUUCCUCCACUGCAAACUUCACACAAGGUGAGCUCCAGAAGCUUCUGGCCCAGGCAGAGAUGCAGCAGGUCGGUCUGGAACACGAGCAACAGACUUUAGCCUCCCUGGAACACCGACUGGAGCAUGCCUUGAGCUUGACUACUUCCAAAGAUCCGAGCAGUCAGCCAGGACCUUUUGGCGUAAUGCUUGUGAAGAUUCAAGAAAAUAUCAAACGUUUGAAGGAAAGAAAUCUUCAUGUGAUAGCUGUUGCCCAGAUAGAGGAGAGGGAAAGACAGCAGUUUGAAGAGAGGAUAGGAGAGGUGGAGAAGAGCAUAUUCACUAUUCUUCCCAUGCUGGAUAACAACAUGAGUCCCGCGCAACAUCAGGAGCUCACACAGGAUCUAUCUAAUCAGAGAGUUAAGCUAAAGUGUAUCCUGGACAUUGUGUUGGCGCAAUAUGCUGAGAUUCCAGAUGAUAUUGGCAAGCGAAUGCAAACUCUUCAAGAGUCUGUGGAGGAAGCUGAAAAGAAGGUAAUAGAGCAGAGUGUGACAGUCCGGAAACUUGCUUGUCAAGUGACAGAGUUGAUUUCUGGCCUGGAGCAAGUAAAAAUAUCUCUGGAGCAAAAGAGCGCCACGGUCACAGAGGCACAACAUGCUCUCAAGCAUGUGUGGGACAAGUUGGACUCAUGUCACAGUCGCUUGAUGCUUCUGGAGAGUGAGGUGCAGGAUCUUGUAGAGGAACAAUCAGAUAGAGCUCACCUAUUCAUGGACCAACUGACACGUCCACUGCAGCUUUACCAAGAUGCAGUGCAGAUGGCCGAGCACCGCACUGCUUUUCUGAGCAAGAUCCCUGCCUCGCUGCAAGAGUUUGAAGACCUGCUGUGCAGCGCCACCUGUUGGUUUGAUGAAGCCACAGCAUGGCUGAAUACUCCCUGCUCUUUCCCCACAUCCAAAGGCCUCCAGAAUCAUGCGAAGUCCCUGAAGCUGGUCCUGGAUGACUCGGCGAGAAUAACGACCAUGCUGAAAGAUUUCAGACCGGUGUUAGCUGAAAUUUCGGCUGUGUGUGAUGUCAGUGCACAGGAGGAGAGGAUGGACAGCACAGACCAAAAGGUUGAAAAGAUGCAAAAGAACAUUCUGGAGCCGAUGGAGCAGCUCAAUCAGGCUGUUGAGCUCGUGGAGGCCUUGGAAGAUGAGCUAAGGACAUUUGAGGAGAAUGUCCCAAAAAUCAGAACUAUUUUAUCUUCUAUAGACAACUCCAGCAUCACAGUGAAAGAGCAUCUUCAAAACCAACAGGUGAUCUUGGACAAUGUCCACUCAAUGCAGAAGACAUUAGAGGAAAUGGAGCGCUACAAAGGAGAUUUACGCCUCCCACAGGAAACAACAGAGAGUCUAGUGGUGUUCUCUGGAAUAAAGGUUCUCCUGCAGGUGCUGAAAGACUUGGAACAUCUCACCCAGGAACAAGCCAUUCUUCUGGAGGAUGCUUUUGAGGAGUCUAAUUCAGAAGACGAUCUAGACGAAGACGAGAGCUGUCACUCGUCGUCCUCUGACACACUAACAUGCAGUAUUCCUGAGGACCCAGAGGACACACUGUGUGCUUCAGAAGUGAAAAGAAAUGAAAUGACUGAUAAGGAGGCACUGUCUGACGCUAAGGCCUUGGCGAAUGUGUGUGCCCAAUUUUCUGAACCAGAUUCUGAGAUGGAGGCAAUGUCAAAUAGUAAUGAAUCCUCUGUGCUUCAUACCAAGAUGUUGGAGCAAGAAAAUGCUCAAAGUGGAUUAAUAACACCAGAAACCAGAGUGGACACUGAAGUUGACAGUGGCGAAGUACUCAAAAUUGUGUCACCUGAGUCUCUAAUCACUUCCACCAUUUCUACUGCUGUGGUGACAGAAGACGAUUCUACACUUCCAGAUUUUGACAUAUUUGUCCCCACCACCAAUGUACUGUCCAAUCAGGCUGCAGUGCAACACAUUAGCCCUGUUUCUCUGUUUUCAGCCACAAGGAAAUCCACGGCUACACAUCCAAAUCGAUUAAAAGAGCGCAGUGAACUCACAAUCAGUGCUUGUCAAGUGGAAGUAGAUCAACAUGACUACAAGCCUUCAGCGGCGUCUAUCAUAUUGGCCGGGCCCUGCAAAGAUGACACAGAGCAGCAACAGUGGAGCCUGCUUAACAUCCAAGUCUCUCAGAAACUGGAAACCCUACAAAAACUUAAGGAGGAUCACAAGAAUCUGAUUAACUAUAGAAAUUUUACAAUGGUUCCAGAAGGAGAACUGCUGUCUCCUGGGUCAGCUUCAGCUGUUCUCCAGCAUGCAAAUGAGUCCAUUGCCGUGCUGAGAAAAAUAGUGAGCUCUGCAGAUGCUCCAGGUGUUAAGGAUCACUUAUACUUGGCUACACGGCGAGUUCUUCAAUGCCUGGAUGCUUUGACAGACCUUUUGUUAACUCCUGGAGGUGUUGGGGAUCAAGAGACCCAACUAAGGAUAUUGCAGCAUGAAUGCGUAUCAAACGAGCUGAUGACUUUGGCUGGCCUGCUGAAUGAGGUGGCGUCAAAGAUCAGUCCUGUACUUCAGAGUGAUGGAUCAGAUGCUCUGAGCUGUUUAACAUCCCUGCAGAAAUGUCUGAAAAAUGUCCCGUUAGUCAUCACCUCUUUCAACGAUCUCUCCUUGGACUCUCUGGUUCUUAAAAGCCAACAUCAGUUGUGUUUUAUGGAGGAGAUUCAGCUGGGGCAUCAUGAAAUAUUCCCAAGUCAAAAAGAAAUUGCCAUUCUGGAGCAGUGUGCACUGAGCAGACAUGUGCGAGAGAGUUCAGAAGAAAAGACCAUGAUACAGAAAGUUUCGCAGUCCUUACUUCAUGGGAUAAGUAGCCUACUGGAUCUUGGUGAAGGAUGCAUAGCUGAGGAGCAGUUGAGACCUGUUCAAAAUAUUAGUCAACUACACAUUUGUCUCCAUAAAAAUAAGAAGUUCCAGCAGGUUCUUGGAGCUCAGUUGACUUUUAUGCAACAUCUAUCCAAUCGAAAUGCGGAAGUACUACGGGGGAAAGAGGAUGAGCAAGCACAGCUAGCAGUUCGGGGCAAAGCUUUGCUGCAGCAGGCACUACAACAGGAAGUGGCAUCUCAAUUGAGGCUCCAGGAGUGGAUCCGCUGGGAGGAUAAUUGCGGUCGUCUGGGGAGACUGCUAGACAAGCUUGACGUCUGCAUCAGCAGUGCAGAAGCAGAGGGAACGGAUGAUGAGGAGUCCCAUAUCAAACACCGUCUACAUGCCUGCCAGCAAACCUUGGUCCAAUUGGAAGCGAACACAGCUGCUCUGGGACUUCUCCUGGAUCAGAGAUGUGAGCUGCAGACAGAUCCUUCGUUUGCACCCUCGAUCAGCCAUGCAGGUGGUGCUCUGGAGCUGCGAUGGCGAAGCAUCUGCAGCCGCACGGAGCAGGAGGUUCGGCGCUGCAGUGACAUCUGGGACAGCUGGGUCAGAUUUCAGACAGACUUUGCCUCUGUCAGUAAAUGGCUCCUUGAUGCCAACAAAGACCUGACUAUUUGGUCGGAACUCACUGAUACCUCUAAUGUGAGCCAGGAGAGUGUUUACAGGGGUCUGAUUCAGCUGCUGGACUUCUCUAUAGAGAUGGAAACCAUGUCUGCUCACAAGCAAUCUGCCACCAGAGAAGCCACUCGACUGCUCCGUCUGAGGGAAACGGAAUGUCCUGGCCUGAGAGGGCGCCUCACAAAGAUGGAGAUCACCUGGUGCAAGCUCACCUCUGACCUGAGAAAUAUACAGGACCAGCUGCAACAGAAGCUGCUCCUGAUGUGGCCACCGAUGAAGCUGCUGUCUGACUUGAAGGACUGGCUCAAGAAGCUGGACGUCCAACUGGAGAAGGAGAGAGAGCAAGUCCACAAGGCCACAGACGCUGCUCACAUCAGAAGGACGCUGCAGUGCUACCAGGCAUUAAAGAUGUCUUUGGUCAAUGGGCAGCCUCUUCUGGAAUUCCUCUCCCAAACUCGUCCUCAGGUGAUGGGAGUUGAUGUCCAGGCUCUUCUUUGUGAACAAACAAUGUACGGGGAGCAACUCGGUGACCUCAGACAGCGGUGGCUUCACCUGCAGGGGGCGCUGGACAACCAGAUUCACAGAGAUCAAGAGCUCCAUUACACUUGUACUGCCAGAGAAAGACAGUUGCAGCAUCUCUGUCGCUCACUUGAACAGCAGAAAAAGCAUCUGAAUCAUUGCAAACAUCCUGUUAGUCAAGCACAGACUCAAAAGGUUCUGCAGGAGUCGGAGGCUGUUGUUGGAAGAAUAAAGGAAGUGGUUGCAGCUUUGCAGGGGGUGAAAAACACGUGUGUGCUUGACGAAAAGGGACAUCCGUGUGAUGUCGCUUUUUGUAACCAGGCUGAGACUGUCAGUCUUGCUUGUGAGGAUCUCAGUCAGCAGAUUCAAGCUUUGACACCAGCGUUACAGAAAAUCGUCAAGGAAUGGGUCUGUCUGGACAGAAAUCUGCGUGAGGUUUCUCUGCACAUCAGCAGGGUGCACUGUACAAUGCAGCUUUACAGAGCACCUUUGUUUUCACUGAAGCAGACAGAAGGUUAUCUGGAGCUUCUGCAGCAACUCCAGGAGAUGGGCGUGCAAGGGAAGAAGCUUUGGGCAGACAUCAACAAAUCCCUUCAGAUUCUUUUGAAGACUCUUGAUGGUGCAACAACUCAGUUACUGAAUGAUCAAAUAGAACAAGAAAGAAAGCGGUGGGAGGACAUGUUGGAAAAGUUGAAGGAGGAACACCAGAAGACUGACGAGACUCUAACCGUCUGGCAGCAGUAUAAUCACGCCUUUGAUAACGCCUCCCGUCAGCUGGAACACCUUCGGUGUCAGUUCUCCUCUGUUUCACCCCAACAGGAAUCACAGAAAUUGCAGAAUUUUGCUAUGGACCUUCAAAACAGCGUUGUAGACAUGCUGGCCUUGUCAAAGCCUCUCGUUGGAUGUCUCAACCCGCCGGUCCAAAAUUUGGUCCAAUCAGAGAGCAUGGGGCUGUCACUUGAGGUCCUUCUGCUGAACCAGGGGCUGUCCGACACAAAGAAAAGUCGUCAGGAAGAUUUAGACAACCACAAACUAUUUCACACGCAGCUGGAAGCCCUUGAGCAGCAGACACAAAACAUACUGCAUGGAGAGAAAUCUAACAUGAAUGAAAAAGACAUUGUGAAGCAGGAGCUAUUGAAACUUAUUGAAUUGCUUCCAUCACUGGUUGAUGUCAGUGAGAUGAGCAGCUACAUGACUCUCAACAAGCUGGAGAAAGACACACUGCACAUGCUCAGCAAAAAAUGGAACCACGGAGUGAAUCACAUGUCUUCUUUGUACAGAAUUUUGCAACGUGAACAUCAGCAGUCCCAAGACUUUCAUCAGAAGUGUCAAGAGCUAAUAUUUAUCCUGGAGGAGCUGGAGUCAGAACUUCCAAGAGGCUUCAACCUCCAAGAGAUACUUGCUGUCCAUCAGAGGCGUCAGAUCGAAACGAUUACUGGACAAGAGAUUCUCCAAAGUCUACUUUGUAAUGCAGUAAAAUCCAUGGAAAAGCAAACAUGGGAGAAAAAAUCUGAGUUCCUGACGCAAGUGUUCCAUCUGCGUGAGAGGUGGUUCAGGUGUUUGUUGCUGGCUGGCCAGCAUCAGGCCAUGACUAGAGAACAAAUAUACCAGUGGAGGAUCUAUAAAGGUGGCAUGAAGCUUCUGAGGAAGACACUGAGAACUGUUGGAACUCUGUUGUCCUCUACUUGCUCUUCAAUCACUUUAUUCCCUGUCACAUCACAACAGCUUUCAGAUCACUGCCAGUGUCUUGAAAAAGCUCUGGAGCUCCACUCCUCCAUGCUCACAGAGACUUUGGGGGCUGGCAGACAUUUGUGUGAGACCAUGUCAGACUCAGACAGUCGGAGUCAACUGGAGUCGGAUAUCCAGGCCAUAGAAGAGGCAUGGAAACACACUAACUCACUGGUCCUAAAAAGGAGAGCCCUGAUCAGCACCACUGUUCAGAACUGGUCACGAUGUCAGGAUGAGAUAAACACCAUAACAUGUGAACUGGAUGAGCUGAGGACCCAGAUGAAGAGGAAGGUGCCCAUGACAAUGGAGGAGUCUGAGGAAGAGGAGCUCCUUCAGAAGACGGACCUCUCCCUGCGCCAUCUAGCCGGUGGACUGAAGGACCUGGCCUCCAAGAAGACUGACCUGUGCCAGUACGUGGCGGUGGCUGAUUCUGCUCUGCUGGAGCAGCAGCUGGAACAACUUCACAUCCAGUGGGAAGAACUAUGUACCAAGGUGUCCUUGCGCAGGCAAGAAAUUGCCGACCGCCUUAACGCCUGGACUAUAUUUAAUGACAAAAACAAAGAGUUCUGCGACUGGCUCACCCAGAUUGAGAACAAGGUGUGCCACAGCGCAGAUCUCAGCAUUGAAGAAAUGGUGGAGAAACUGAAAAAGGAUUGCAUGGAGGAAAUCAAUUUGUUCAGUGAGAAUAAAAGCCACUUGAAGCACCUGGGAGAGCAGCUGCUGUUAGCCAGUGACGAGGCCAAGCAGACCCAAGUGCGCGGGUCCCUGCAAGAGGUUAACCAGAGAUGGCAUAACCUCUUCAGCCACAUCGAGGCCAGAGUGACGAAGUUGAAGGAGACUUUGUUGAGAGUGCAACAGCUGGACAAAAACAUGAGUAACCUCCGAUCUUGGCUUUCACGCGUGGAGGCCGAACUGUCCAGACCCAUCACUUACAGUGUGUGUCAUCACCAGGAAAUCCAGAGGAGGCUCGCUGAGCAGCAGGAGCUGCAGCGGGACAUCGAGCAGCAUACAGAAGGCGUAACUUCUGUCCUGAACCUGUGCGACCUUUUGCUGAGGGACGAAGAUGCCGUUGGCGCCACUGAGGUGGAAAGUGACUCCCUGCAGGAAACCAGUCAUAGCCUUGACCAGCGCUGGAGGACCAUCUGUGCCAUGGCUCUAGACAGGCGACUCAGAAUUGAGGAAACAUGGAGACAGUGGUGCAAGUUUCUAAAGGAUUAUUCACACUUUGAGGAUUGGCUCAAGGUGGCUGAGAAGACUGCUGCCAACCCUAACUCGGGAGAUGUUCUUUACGCAGUCGCCAAGGAGGAACUGAAGAAGUUUGAGACUUUUCAAAGGCAGGUACAUGAGCGGCUGACCCAGUUAGAACUCGUCAACAACCAGUACCGCCGUCUUGCCAGGGAGAACCGUACGGACCGCGCCAACCAGCUCAAAGUAAUGGUCCACGAGGGAAACCGGCGCUGGGACGUCCUCCACCGAAGGGUGGCUGCUAUCCUCCGCAGGCUCAAGCAUUUUACCAGUCAGAGAGAAGAAUUUGAAGGCACUCGGGAGAGCAUGUUGGUGUGGCUGACAGAACUGGACCUACAGCUUACCAACGUUGAACACUUUUCUGAGAGUGACGUCCAUCAUAAGAUAAAACAGCUUAGUAGUUUCCAGAAGGAGAUCAUCCUCAACACAGAGCGGAUCGACGGACUGAUCGUGUUUGGGGAAAGUCUCAUCCAGAGGAGUUCACCUCAGGAUGCUGCGCUGAUAGAGGAAGAGCUGGAGGAGCUUCACUCUUACUGUCAGGAGGUUUUCAGCCGACUGGUUCGCUUCCAUCAACGUCUCAGCCAACCCCCGAUGAUCACAGAAGAACCAGAGUUCUCUGGCACCUCCAUUUCGUUGGAGUCAAGUUUGGAACUGAUUGGACGACCUUGGCUCGGGCGGAGCCAAGGAAGCCUCCCAACCACACCCUCACACCUGCUCGCCCUUCCGAUGGAGCAUUCAGGGCGAGAGACACCUGUGAGCGUGGACUCGCUGCCAUUAGAGUGGGACCACACCGGGGAUGUAGGAGGGUCAUCGUCCCAUGAGGAUGAUGAGGAUGACGAAGGACACGACGAAGAGGGAAUUUACUUCAGUGCAUUGUCAGAAUCAGAGAGGUCAAAGGCUGCUUAUGAGUCUCCAAGAUGGCGAUCACCAGGAGAUGAAGAAACAGCUGUAUGCGACAUUGAGGCUCCACCCACCCUCACCAGCACCCCUGUAAAGCAGGGCUAUUUGCAUCAAAUGUCCCAGUGCAGUGACAACAUUGAAGACAUUAAAAGAGUUUCCCUCAUCCUGGAUGAUGAGGAGCAGCCAGAGAUUGGUUUGACCAACUUGGCUGCCUCAGACAAACAGUCAGGUGUGAUUGAACGCUGGGAGCUGCUCCAGGCUCAGUGCAGGAACGAGCAAGACGCUGCCCGCCAGGAUCCACAAAAUGUCACAUCUGAAAUUGAUGAUGUUAUUUCCUGGCUAGACAAUAUUCAUCUGGAACUAGACCGCCACCAGCAGUCUCACCCCAGCAACAGGAUUGUUGACAUGGCAACAAGAGCUAAAGAGAUGAAGGAGAUGCAGAAGAUGUUCACACGCUACAAGCCUAUCAUGCUGUCCGUCAACCUGCGUGCUCUGGAAGUCCCAGAGCAGCAGGAGAGGCUCAUUGAUUUAAACCGAGCCUGGAGCCGAGCGUCUACACUUCUUCACCAGUGGGACACCAGUUUGAGAAGGACUCUGAUGCGCUGCCAGGAGUUCCAAGAGAGUCUCCAUUCUCUGCUGCUGUGGUUGGCACACACCGAGAACAGACGCUACGCAGUGGACAUCAGGGAUGCAGAGACACCUGUCCCAAUUCUUAAACAGCACCAUCACUCCCUUACUGCCCUGCUGGAGGAGCUACUGGAAAGGCAGACCCAGCAGGCCUCGCUCCAGACUCUGUGGUGUCAACUCCAACCUGAGGAAGGGGACGAGGGGAGCGACGAGGCCCAGGAGAAGAUCCACGUGACGGGCACCAAACUGAAGUUACUCCUGAAGGACGUAACACAGGACUUGAGCAUCCUGCAACAGCGUCUGCAGGAUUGGGACACCUGCAGAGGUCAAAAUAUCCCUGCAGAUUCUUCUCAGGAGCUCACACAAACAAAGAAAUCUCCAUCCACUACAAGAGAGAAGAACGACUCAUCCCCACCUCGGUCCUUCUUCUGCCGGGUCCUGCGAGCUGCUGUCCCAUUUCAUCUCCUUCUGCUGUUCCUGCUGCUGCUCCCAUGUUUGCUCCCCCAGUCAGAGAGAGACUCGAGCUGCACUGUUGCCAACAACUUUGCCCGAUCUUUUCAUCCCAUGUUACACUACACAAAUGGACCCCCACCCACCUGAUUAAGAGAUGUGCAUGGGGGGGGGGGGGGGGGGUGUAGACUAUUGACACGUUCUAGAGUGAACUAACUUAACCCACCUUUUACUAACACUGACACCUGUAAUUUAAAUGACAUCAUAGUGAUGAAGUCAUACAUUUACAAAAAAAAACAAAAAACAUCCAAAGUCUACAAAUAUUAUUUUUAUGUAUUUAUUCAACAAAGACCCAUGAAUGAAACGCAUCCUCAUACACAACAAGGGCCAACAGAUUGUGGCAUCUGCCAUGUUUUCAGAAACUGGGAAAAAAAAAAAAAAAAAAUCAAUUUUCGACACCCUGGGCUGAGUACAGAGAAGUCAGGCAAGUGAACCACUACACCCUGACUACUGGAAACAAAAUAUUGACUUGAAUCAUUUUUCAAUUAUAUUUAAGAUGCAGAGGUGUGGCUCGAUACAUUUGUCCAUAUAGUAUAUAGUCACCAACAUCAUUUAUGUCGAAAAGGUAGUUCAUCAGGUUGUAAUUGUAUUUUUAAAAUACUAAACAUUUCAUUCUCUCUACUCAAGAAAAAAAACACUCAAGAUUUCGCAAAUUUUUUAAUGUACAGAAAUACAAACCCAAUUCAAAUGAACUUGAGAUGUUGUCCAUCCAUCCAUUUUCAACACCGCUUAUCCUGGUUAGGGUCGCGGAGCGCUGGAGCCUAUCCCAGCUGACUUUGGGCAAAAGGCAGACUACACCCUGAACUGGUCGCCAGUCAGUCGCAGGGCACGUUGGGAUGUUGUCUUUAAAUUUAAAUAAAAACAGAAUACAAUGAUUUGCUAAUCAUGUUCAACCUAUAUUUAAUUGAAUACAAUACAAAGACAAGAUAUGUAAUGUUCAAACUGAUAAACAUAAUUGUUUUUAGCAAAUAAUCAUUCACUUUGAAUUUUAUGGCUGCAACAUGUUCCAAAAAAGCUGGGACAGGGUCAUGUUUACCACUGUGUUACAGCACCUUUUCUUUUAACAACAUUCAAUAAACGUUUUGGGAACUGACGACACUAAUUGUUGAAGCUUUGUAGGUGGAAUUCUUUCCCAUUCUUGCUUGAUGUACAGCUUGAGUCCAGGGUCUCAGUUGUUGUAUUUUACGCUUCAUAAUGCGCCACACAUUUUCAAUGGGAGACAGGUCUGGACUGCAGGCAGGCCAAUCUAGUACCCUCACUCUCUUACUACGAAGCCACGCUGUUGUAACACAUGCAGAAUGCGUCCAUGAAAAAGACGUUGCUUGGAUGGCAGCAUAUGUUUCUCCCAAACCUGUAUGUACCUUUCAGCAUUAAUGGUGCCUUCACAGAUGUGCAAGUUACCCAUGCCAUUGGCACUAACACAGCUCCAUACCAUCACAGAUGAUGACUUUUUAACUUUGCGGACCACAGAACACUUUGCAUCAGUCCAUCUUAGAUGUGCUCGGGCCCAGAGAAGCCGGCGGCAUUUUCUGGGUGUUGUUGGUAAAUGGCUUUGCAAAGUAGAGUUUCAAGUUGCACUUACGGAUGUGGCGCCCGAACUGACAUUUACUGACAUUGGUUUUCGGCCUUGCCGCUUACAUGCAAUGAUUUCUUCAGAUUCUCUGAACCUUUUGAUGAUAUUAUGGACCGUAGAUGAUGAAAUCCCUUGCAAUUGUACGUUGAGGAACAUUGUCCUUAAACUGUUCGACUAUUUUCACACGCACUUGUUCACAAAGAGGGGAACCCCGCCCCAUCUUUGCUUGUGAAUGACUGAGCAAUUCAGGAAAGCUCCUUUUACACCCAAUCAUGGCACCAACCUGUUCCCAAUUCGGCUGUUCACCUGUGGGAUGUUCCAAACAGGUGUUUCAUGAGCAUUCCUCAACUUUCUCAGUCUUUUUUGCCACCUGUCCCAGUUUUUUUAGAAUGUGUUGCAGCCAUAAAAUUCUAAGUUAAUGAUUAUUUGCUUUUUGUAAUAAACUUUAUCAGUUUGAACAUUAAAUAUCUUGUCUUUGUAGUGUAUUCAAUUAAAUAUAGGUUGAACAUGAUUUGCAAAUCAUUGUAUUCUGUUUUUAUUUAUGUUCAACACAACGUCCCAGCUUCAUUGGAAUUGGGGUUGUAAUAUAAUAAUUUAUAACCACUACUGCUGGAUCUUGGUCUUGCAUUUCUAAUAAUCACUCUAUUAGCUAUGUCUAUAUUUUUGGUAUAUUAAAGAGCUUUACAUUUUGGACAUUGUCAAAGAUUCAUUAAUUUAACUACAGUAUAUGUUUAUUAUUGUGAUUGUAGUUGGCAUUGCAAAGUAGAAUUACUCAAAAUAUAAUACCACAUUAUAACUACCUACAGUAUGUGAUGGUUAAACAACAAAAUGCAAACUCCAACCACAAUCAAGCAUACUGGUAUACUCCACUGGACCCCCACAAAUCUGCGAAUAAUUGACGCUCAUUAUAAUUGCAUUGAAUUUUUUUAAAAAAUAAAAUAAAAAACAUUUCAGCCCCCCAAAAAUUUAAUAAGCGAGGAGAUACAAACAUAACAAUUUCCCACGAAAAAUAGGGCUUGGUUAAACAAAUUUAAAUAAAAUAAAAUAAUACAACUAAUCUGCAAAUAGGAGAAGCCGAAAUUAAAAAAUAUAUAUUCAAAUAGGUGAAUCCACAGGUUCCAUACCGUGGGUAUGUGUGGGUCCAGUGUAAUAUCUCCUUGCCACAUUGUUGUCUUUGUAUAGGCAAGACUAUAAGGUGUUGAAUUGGUCUCGGGUGUACCUAAUAAUUCUGCAUGGUGUCAAUACAACAAUUUUUCUGCAUGAAGAAGCAGACGCUCUGUUAAAAUGUCAAAACAAAAUUGGAGGCUUACAACUUAAAUCAUGUUUUCCCAAUGACACAAUCAUUUAUUGUAUAAGUGUACUAUGUGCAUUUUAAAACAUACGUUUACAUUUAUAAACAUGAUUAAGCAUGGCUAGUAUCUGUGUAACAUUUAGCUUAUUUUAUGACAAAUAAGCCAAUCAUAGUGAAAAGAACAACUCUCCUUGGUACUUCCAGGUGUACUGUACAAAAAGAGUGUUUACGAGAUGAUUCACGAUUAACACGUUGCCCAGCAGUCUUUUCACUUCAAAUGUUAUGUUUACACAUGGCGGUCAAGUAAGUGAACACCAGAUAUGAAGCAGUGAUAUUUCAUGUUAAAAUAGCACAAAGCAAACAGGCCGAACUGGUACAAGCUUGAUUUUUUUUUUUUUUUUCACACAAGAAAAUUCAGUGAACAUUUCAAUAUUUUUAACAAUGCGUACAACAGCGCUAGCCACAAGAAAAUACAAAAAUAGUUGGUUUUUUUCCCCCUCAAUUUAAAAUUCCAACAGGUAAGUGCAACUUUGUCCGAAGUACAAUAAUGGUUACAAACCUGACAAAAGAUUUUGCAGUGAAAGAUGUUAGGUGCCAGUAGGAGAUAUAAAUUGCACUUGAGUGCAGGGGUGCCCCAUGAAUGUUUGAAAAUGAUGAUUUAUUAAUUACACUUUUUUUUAUCUAUCUAUCUAUACCAGCUACAUAUAGUGACAGGCAGAACAAUUAAAUGUUCUUCCAUUAGAUGGCAGAAGGUACAAUAAACCUGUUGCCAUUCAUACAACAGAAUAUGUCAUUGCUUCAUGCGAGUAUAUCACCUUUAAAUUUGUCAGUCAUUAUUUCAUACUUUUUGUGCCAUUUUUGUUUUGUGGUAUGUCAUGGGAUUUUUCAAAUGUAAACUAUGUGCCUUGGCUCAAUAAAAGUUUGGAAAUAC